UGCAUUGAUAUAUGGUGUGGACGGACAGCUCCCGGCGCUCGGCUGUCGUAUUCAAUUCGCAACAAAUUGGAGCGCCUGUCGAAAGAGGAGCGGAAAGUGAUAGUGAGUCGUGUGAAGGAGGGCUGUACCCCCCUAUUCGUGUCGUGCAAGAAGGGCAACGUCGAGAUCGUCGACUACCUCAUCGACGAGUGUCACUCCGAUGUCGAACAGAAGGGCGUCUAUGAGGUGCCCGACGACCGAUCCAUUCAUUACGUGACGCCCUUGUGGUGUGCGGCCGUCGCCGGAAAGUUAGCUGUCGUUAAAUGUCUGGUCAAACACGGGGCUAAUGUUAACAGUGUUUCCGAUACGGGCAGUACUCCGGUGCGUUCGGCAUGUUUUAUGACACAUCUCGAUAUCGUUACAUAUUUGGUGGACAACGGCGCCGACAUUUUAAAACCCAACUACAACGGGGGCACCUGCCUCAUCAACUCUGUCCAAAGUGUACCUCUCUGUGAAUUCCUCCUAAAACAUGGCGCAGAUGUCAACGCACAAGACAUCCAGUUUAAGACAGCUCUUCAUUACGCCAUUCAAGAACAUAGGUUUGAAACAACGAAACUUCUUUUGGACAACGGCGCCGACCCGAUGAUAACGAGCCGAUACGGUGACGACGCGCUGCAGACGGCGUGUCUGAAGGGCGCGACUCAGAUAUUUGAGUACUUGAUAUCAAACCUGAAUUACUGUCGGAGUCGUAUCGCCGAAGCCCACGAACUCAUGGGCUCGACGUUUCUGGACGAGCACUACGACCUUCAGGCGGCGCUCACCAACUGGAGGACUGCCCUCUCCAUCCGACUUGAAGACCAUACCCUCGUUAAGCCCAAUACAGUUGUGCCAAAACCCGCGUAUUUAAACGCAACAGAAUUUCAGAGUACAGAAGAAUUGGAGAACUUAGCCAUGGAUUUGGAUUCCAUGCGAAUUCAGUCUUUGAUUAUCUGCGAACGCAUUUUAGGUCCGCUUCACAAGGAUGUCAUCUUUCGGCUCAUGUUUAGAGGCGCCGCUUAUGCUGAUGGACUACAGUAUCAAAGAUGUAUCGAUCUCUGGCGCUAUGCUUUGGAUUUGCGAAUACAAAAGGAUAGCCUUCUUCACAGCGAAACAUGUUUUGCAGCUCAAGCUCUGGUUCGACUGUAUCUCGAUUUAUAUGAAAAGUAUUCAAAUGGUGUUCUUCGAGAGGAAUUGAAAUACGAAGAUGUCUUGGAAACGGUAAAGCUAUUGGUCGAACAGUUCCCAAAUGCAAUGAAAUUACUUAAGGUUCGGCCCGUCUUCAAGAGACAACAAGACAACUUCGAUAAGAUUCUUAAGGUAUUGACACAUCUCUUCUAUGUGUUGAAUGUAAUCCAAAAGACGCCAAAACAAACUGAAGAAAUAAAAACUCUUAUAAAUGCAAUCAAUUGGAUGAAUGCCCGGAACUCAUUCGGUGACACUUUGUUACAUUUGGUCGUUUCCAAAGCAAACACAAUGAAGUCCAAUACAUUCAUCGAAGACCCGCAUACAGUCAUAUUCCCGGACCCCCGGGUCUGCCAAUUGUUAUUAGAGUGCGAUUUCAAUGCCGAAUCCAUUAACAACAUUGGCUCCACUCCUCUGCACAUCGCGUGCACCCGAAAUAACUUCAACCCGGAAGUGGUGAACCAUUUGUUGCAAUUUGGUGGUCAUAUUGAUCGCCGCAAUGCCAGCGGUAAUCAACCGCACAAAUUGCUCGCUUCCAUCACUGAAUCCAAUGUGAAUCCAUUGAAAUUCAUUUCUCUCAAGUGUUUGGCCGCUCGUAAGAUAGUGGAUCACCAGAUCCCAUAUAUCGGACAAAUACCCGUCUCAUUGGAACAAUUCAUUCGAAUUCAUUAAUACUUUUUAAUGUUUUAGAAGUUUUGGAGAUUUGCUCAUAAUUUGGUCAUAUCUUCCAAUGGGUUUUCAAAUUAUGAUACAAUCGUAUCGAUCGAUGCGUUUUCACACCUAUU